AUGCCCAGUUACGCGGUUCCCUUCGUUAGAGGGUCUGGCGCGGAGCCUCCAACCUUCACUUGCCCAAAUGCCUACGCCUCAUCCAAGUUGCCUCCUAAGAAAAAUAAACUAAUCGAUCAUACUCUGCUGAAGCCGGAAGCAAGCGAAAGCCAAAUCCGAAAGCUCUGUGAGGAAGCCAAACAAUACGACUUCGCCAGCGUGUGUAUCAAUCCUUACUGGGUUCCAUUGGGCCACGAAUUAUUGAAAGGGACAGAUGUUAGAGUUUGUACCGUCAUAGGGUUCCCCCUUGGGGCCUCGUCAAUAGCUUCGAAGGGGCUGGAAGCUGUUGAGGCCGUGAAGGACGGGGCUAGGGAGGUGGAUAUGGUUAUUAACGUAGGCGAGAUCAAGAGCAGAAACUACCAGGCAGUUGAGGAUGAUGUCUACUGCGUCGUGAACUCGGUUAGAGCCCAUCUAGCUAACACAGGAGCAGACCAGCAAACUGGCGGUGUAGUUGUGAAGGUUAUCUUGGAGUGUUGCCUCCUGACCGAUGAUGAGGUUGUUGAAGCUUGUAAAGUGUGUGUCUCUGCUGGCGCUGACUUCGUCAAGACGAGCACCGGCUUCAACAAAUUCGGUGCUACUGAGCAUCAUGUGAAACUCAUGCGCGAUACAGUUGGAGACAAGGUCGGGGUGAAAGCUGCUGGUGGAGUUAGGACUUCCGAAGAUAUGGACAAGAUGGUCAAAGCCGGUGCUACUCGAAUCGGCACUUCCAACGGUGUAGCCCUCAUGACCGGCGGUACUGGCAGCGGUUAUUAACGUCAGUACAACUUUCAGCGUUGGUUGGUAGGGCUAGUAGGCUCUGGUGUGAUUCUCGAUAUCAUGCGAAGUCUAU